AGCACAGGAGCCGAGCGAGAAAAAAAAACACCAACAAGAAGAAUUACCUUCUUUUAUUACCUGCGGAACAAACUGCCGUGAUAGUCCGCGGACAUGUCACUGACGGUCCCGGGGGGAGGCAUGGACUAGUGAAGGCUAUGAAUUCCCGUGAGCAUGGGGAAAUCUCAGAUGAAGCAAUGCUUGAAAAAGAACACAAGCAUGUCCAAGAUUGUAAGGAGGAGACAGAGGACAUUGCUAUUAGUGAACAACCUCAGGUACGUGGAGGAGGAUCUUCUGGAGCUGCCGAGGCUGGGAAACGGUCAUCUGCAGAGAUGGGACCUGACGCAGACCAGUCCACUAGCAGCAAGAGAGUCAGGGUGUCUAGUGAGAUGAGGCGGCACUUGAUAGACGAGAGCAGCAGGAUUGAACCUCUUUGCCUCACCACAACCGGAGAGAAGAGAGACUGCAUCCAGGAGAAAUCUAGAGUCUCCUAUAGAAAGCCUCUCUUCAGCAUCUCCCACCGGAUCUCGGAGAAGAGGAACACCCCGAAUCUGGAGCAGCAGGCAAGUCUUGGCAGCUUGAAUCAGCUCAACAAUAUGCUCUCAUCCAAGCUCCAAAAUCCAGAGCAAAAUGGCCCAGCAGAGACCAUCCCCUCCACAGACACUUUAGGCCAAGCUUCCACAGCAGACUCCAGCCUUUAUCCACUGAUUGAGAAAAUGUUUUUCAUUCUCAACACUCUGAAUUCAAGCAUGACGCAGCUGCACAGUAAAGUGGACUUGCUGACACUGGAAGUCAUGAGGAUAAAGAAGCAGAUCAAACCGGCUGAGAUGGUGACAGAGUUCCAGCCUCCCCCCGAGUAUUUGCUAACCAGCGAUGAAUUGAAUCAGCUGAUGGAGCAGACGUCAAGCGCUGGGGAACUGGGCUGUCGACUGCUUGUGCAUCUGUUCCCGGAGCUGUUCAAAGCCAGGGAGUGCUCUCACGACUGCAUGGCGAGCAAGAGAACGCUGGAGUCUCUACAUCUGCAGCUUAUUCGAAACUAUGUCGAGGUGUGCUACCCCACGGUCAAAAACAACAGCGUGUGGCAGGAAGAGUGCCUCCUCCAGAUUAAUGACUUUUUUAAUCGCUUCUGGGCGCAGAGGGACAUGGAAAGUGCCCGGCUGCUCAGGAAGCAGGCGGUCACAGGUGGUGGCGUAAAAGCAGAGCAGCCUCAAACCUUUCGUUUCAUUAAUGAACAGGGUCAGGAGGAGCACAUAUCUCUAGAUCACCAACAGGGCAGCCUGGCUGGUUCAGAUGUCGGGUUUGGUACACAAGCCACAGAGGAGUUGGAUGAGUUCUCCUCCCCAGAAGACUUUGUUGUUUUCCUAAUUCACCGUCUCUUCCCUGAAGUUUUUGAAGAGGGGAAAAUACCAGAAGACUGUGGCAAUUUUAGUAGUGUGGGACAGCUAAUUCUGGACUCUGACAAGAUGGACAUAAUUAGAAAGUAUAUGGAAGCAAAUUUCCCUGAUGUGCCUGAGGACAGCUGGCUGCAGGUGUGCAUUCAGCAUAUGGAAGACGCACUUGAGGGUCCUCACAGUAACGGCAACGGGAGUGAACCGGACAACAUCAAUGAGGAGGGCUACGAACUGGCCAGUCUUCCUGAAGAUGUUUCAAUUAUCAAGGUUCCAGAAAUGAGUGAAUAUGAAAGACCCAGUCGCAAGUCUAAAAAGUCGCUGCUCACGCCUGUAGAUUUUGACAAUCUGGAGAUUCCUCUGCCUGACUUUACUGUUCCCCAGGAAUACAUCCUGUCCAGGGAACAGCUCAAGAGCAACUAUGAAUGUAGCUUGUCUGUUGGGAACUUUGCCUCUCGGCUCCUGGUACUCAUGUUUCCUGAGCUCUUUACCUACGAGAACGCUAGAAAGCAGUAUAACUGCAGCGGUUCUCUUGGGAAAAAGCAACUCGAUCCCGUUCGCGUAAACCUGAUCCGUCAUUACGUGCAGUUGGUCUACCCCCGGGCCAAGAACGACAGAGUGUGGAUGUUGGAAUUUGUUGGCAAACUUGACGAGCGGUGCAGGAGACGUGACACGGAGCAGAGGAGAUCCUACCUGCAGCAGCGCAAAGUGUACGGUCAGGAGACAGAGCAGGACUUUCUCUGCCAGCUGAACCAGCUCCAUCCUGAUAACGGCAGACAGGAUCCAGAUAUUCCCUCUUUACCUCCCGAGAAAAGUAGCAAAGACUUCUGCAAAAUCCCCCUUGAUGAGCUGACUGUGUCCAAACCAGACUUCCCUGUUCCCUCCGUCUACCUGCUCUCUGAUACCGAGGUACGGGAAAUUGUCCAGCAGAGUCUCUCUGUUGGGAACUUUGCUGCCCGCUUGCUGGUGCGCCUCUUCCCCGAGCUCUUCACCCACGAGAACCUGCGGCUGCAGUACAACCAUUCAGGCGCCUGCAAUAAGAAGCAGCUUGACCCUGUUCGACUGAGACUGAUCCGUCACUACGUGGAAGCCGUGUAUCCUGUGGAUAAGAUGGAGGAGGUGUGGCACUACGAAUGUGUGCCAAGCAUUGACGAACGCUGCCGGCGCCCCAAUCGCAAGAAGUGUGACAUUCUUAAAAAGGCCAAGAGGUCAAGCACUGUGUCCUAGUUACAGUACUCUGCAGUUACCCAACACUUUCUGUCAUAAAAACAGUUGCACAGUAUAUAAGCUGAAAUCGCAUUGUUGAACUUCUACACACUGUCCUCUGUAGGAAGAAGCCAAGCUGUUGCGAGUUUCUUUAGUAGUAUUCUUACUCAUAUUUUACCUUUUUGGCUACAGCAGUAGAUGUUCUAGUUUAUGUAGUCUUUAUUAUUGUUCGAUAAAAAAGUUACAACCGCUCCUAUUUAUAAGCCAAACAUGUCAUAGCUUCUCUAACAUACUCUGUUGAUAAAUGUUGUAGCCUUAUAACAAUAAUAAUGAUAGUAGCUAACAGCAUAGAUCACACAUUUGCUCUAUGAACAGAAAUCAAAUCACAAGGACGUGAUAUAUUUCCAUCGCAGUUACUGAUGUAGCAUCGUGCCACCACUGUUUUAAUAACUAUGUGCUUAUGUUAAGCCUUCUUAUAGAAGUUUAUAUUAUAAAGAUAAUUUAACAUGACAAUGGCUCAUGAUAACCAGUUUCUAAUAAAACCACAGUUAUAAAUGUGACAUACAAUCACAAUGUUUUACAUAAUCGCACCAGAGCAAGUUCAACAUACAGAGCAUAGCCUUUCUUUAUCUGGUUUCACUUACCCGUUAGGCUAAGAGAUCCCUUGAAGGUGAUUAUCAACUUGAAAAAUCAACCCAAUCACAUGACAUUGGAGACAUGUUUAAGUCUGUUGGCAGAUGACUGAUUUUUAUAAAGAAAGAUAAAAAUGUGAUUUAAGGUUGAAAGCAACACAAGUUCUGCAGAGAAAUUAGCAGAGUGUGUGUGUGUGAGAGAGAGAGAGCGCUAUUAAACGUGUGCACUUUAAGUGCUUUGGUCAGAAAGACUUGCUGUAUUAAUAACAUUAGCAAAAUGUCAACUUUAUAAGUUAAUAGACUUGAGUGUCUUGGACUGAACAGGCUACACGGUGGUACAUGGAGCACUUCUGCUCUUAACUGAGCACUCAAAAGCACUUUCUACUACAAGCCACAUUCACACAGUGCUUUAUUCUAUACCUUUAAGUGCUAUCACAUGCAGAUGCACCAGGGACAAUUUAGGGUUCACAAUAUUGCCCCAGGACACUGAUUUGCAACCCACCUAUCGCCCACCAACCUUCUGACUGGUGGGCGACAGGUGGUGCUCCAUCUCCUGAGCCACAGGCAUCCAGCUCUUAGUUCCAUCAUUAACAUAAGAGAAUCAGAUGAAUUGCACUUUUAUUCCAUUAAAUUAAUGUUGAGAUGUGCAUGAGACAGUUUUAGUUUUCAUUUUUUCAGGUUAACCCCAAGAGAAUAAAUUAGAGCUCCAAAAGUACAAAUAAGGGGUCCUGUUUCAAGAAUCAUAUAAAGUGCUUGUUUCCAGCCAACAGGAUUAAAACGGGAUAUUUC